AUGCAAAACAGGAUAAGAAGACAUCCACCAGAAAGGGCAGCUUCUUUAGCUGCGACCAUCGCCUCUUGACCUUGUGUAUAACUUCUGAGUAUUCAUUUCUCGACACCUUGAUCCUCUGACAUGAGUGCACGACAACCUUUCGUGCCUCAGCGACCCACGUCGCGAGUUGCUCCUGCUCUAGUUGAAACCCCUGCUGGCGAGGAUAGCUUUCACCCAAAUGGACUUCUAGGUGUACCAAGCAACCCUCCUCCCGAUGAACAGCCUAAAAAUGCAAGGCCAAGUACCGGUAUAGAGAGCGGUAUCAGCAAGCCUCUGAAUAUUGCUAGCUUCAAUAAACGCAAAUCGGACGUGAAUCAUGUUCCCCCAAAUGGAAAGACUCGAAAAACUUCUGUUGACUCUUCUGCUCCUGCUGCUGCGCAUAAUCGUUCUCCUGCUCCUCAGAAUGUCAGUGUGUCUCGUCUUGCUGCUCCUCGCCCUCGCCCUUCUUCUCCUUUCGACUUUGCCAACCUCGCUUCUGGAUUUGUGCCCAAUACUAGGAACAAUCGCUUGAAUGACCCUACUAAACAGCAUGCAUCCACUUCUGGAGACGCUUUUAGCUCGAAUCAGGCGCAUAUACCCACCUCUGGCGCACAUCCUGCUGAUCCUACUCCCUACGCUCAAGGGCACCUUGCGAAUCCAAGUGGAAGAGUUCCUGAGAUACGACGAGCUUCUUCCCGUCCCUCCUUGGAAAGUAUUAACGAGACGGCUGAAGAACACACCCAUUCUCGUGAGGAUGAUCCCGGUUUACCGCCGACUAGUGACGGGUUCGAUUUGCAAAGUGACCAUCCCCAACCGGAGGCGUAUGCAAACCAAGACCGUUUGAAGAGAGCACCUAAACGCAUGUACAACGUUCAUGAUGGAGAAGACGAGCUCGACUACGGGACUGGAGCCAAGAGGUACAGGACAGAUAUGUUACUUGAUGAACGACAGCUGGAAUAUGCCAGUCAAUACGGAAGACAUCCAAUGCCUCAGCCCCAGCCUAACCACGAGAUUGAACGUAACGUCUCAGCAAGUCUUCCCUCCUUCCAGCAACAGUAUGAUCAUGAACUACCGGCAGCUGUCGUUCGUGAGGACACUGCUUUACGUCGCCUUUUGGGUCAGGACCUCGACGAAUAUUCGGAGAAGCAUUACGAAGCAUAUAUGGAAGCCAAGAACAAGUGGUCCGAGUGCGAUUUGGAUGAGUGGAAAGCGGGAGCGGAUGAAUUGGCAAGCAGCUUUGCUAAAAUAAUUGACUUCGUGAAAGAACAUAUGACGUACAGCCUUUCUCGCAACUUUAUGAAUGGCAUACUAAGUUAUAUCACGCAGCGCCAAACUCUCCCUUUAUACUUCUCUUCAUUCUGCCAUAGCUACGCACCGAGAUAUCUUGUCAGAACGCGAGCAAGGUCUGAAGGAGGUGCGCGAGAGCUUGGUCAGAGACGGCGGAAAUGUUGUGGGCGGUAUGAAUGCCAAUGUAACGGUAGAGAAGGAACGAAAUGACGCAUGAUGGCUGGCUUUCGGGGAACAGAUGCCAGAGUGACACAAUAGUUCAUAUGGUGUACCUUGUGGCUCAAGUUUUCGAUGGGCUAGUUGUAGUCAAGCUUACGAUGGGUUUGUGGUAUCCAACGUGUUUGGCGUUUUUAGCAUAGGGUUCGAUCCAAUUGAUCGAUCGCUUGUACAUAGUUCUGCGCUGGGAACGUAGCUCAAAUCGAUUCCAAUCUCCAGGGUGGAAAAUACAAUCCAGGAUUUUCC